GGAUGCGCCGUUUGAAGACAUUCUCGCGUGUUUUAUACUCAUAAAUAAGUGAUCAGUGCCAAUCAUGGCUAAACGAAGUAACAAUUUGAGUGGAAGACGGUCGUCGUCGCAUAAUACGAAGCCCUACGAUGCAAACAAUUCUUUUGUAAAAAAAGUAGCAACAAAAGUGACUGAUCUUUUACCACAAAGGUUGUGGAUUAGUAAGUGGUUUAAUACAUCUCAAAAUGAUGAAGAUAUAUUAGAGGACAAUGGAAAUCCUGAAGAGGUUGAAUCAGAAGAAGAUAUUCAGAAACCUCCACCGUUAAAACGACCAUGUAUUCGUAUGGAUGUUUCUCAUCCACCUGGUACAUUUUCAAUUCAACCAAGAACUAAAUCAACAAUUAACAAAGCCAGUCCAUCUAAGCAACAAUAUUUCAUUCAUGAUGAAACGAAUGAAGAUUUUUCUAAACCUGCAAUGGCUGGACCAAGCGGGAUGAGCCAUUUAGUAUCUUCUACACCUGCAACACAAUCAGAUAUUAGAAACAUAGCACCACAGAGGUCAGAAUUAAAUUCAUUAGUCACUACUACAAAUAAUGGAACUACAAAUGGUAUGGAUGAUAAUUCUGAAUCCAGUGAGAGCACUAGUGGUUGCAGUUCUCUUAUUCCACAAACCAAUAGACAAGAAGCUCCAUCAAAUGUCUCUUACAACUCUCCAUUCUCUAAAAGAAAAAGGUUUAAUAAUGACAAAUUAAAUUUCACCAGCCAUAUACAGUCUCCAAGAUCUUUAUUUUUAGAUAAUACCCGAGAUUCCUUAAGUAGUCGUAGACCAAGCUUUAAUGCAUCAAUCAUGACAAACACGCCGGAUCGUGCAUCUCCCUUGGCAUCUCCUUUUUACAGUGGAAAUACCACGUUUGGUGGAGCAAAUGCAGCUGGUCUUUAUAAACGAGGACGUAAUUUGUUUAAUAGUUCAAAUGAGAUUCAACUUCAAGUUCCUAAAAGAACAAGUGUUGAAGUAAAACCAUCUAAUACAGAUUCAUCUGGUAUGAGUCAAACUGCUAAAAAAAUAUUGGAAGCAUUAGAACAUUUUUCAUCGCCAAUAACUGAUGCUAAAAAAAUUCCAUUAAAAAUGAUGAAUAAUAUAUCACCAACAAAUAAAAAGAGAUCGAGGGAGGAAAUGGCAUCAACAACUAAAGUUGGAUUACGUCAUUUAACUCGCGAAUUAACUGUACCAACUAUACCCGAUAUAUUAAAAUUGAGACGGCGGCAAAAAUUACAAGAUACGACAGCUGCAGCUAGAAAAAUUGUUUCGGCACGAAGCGAACCACCGCCUCCUCAAGAAUAUCAUCUCAGGACGCAAAUUGAUGAAGAUACAAAACAUCAUGGAAAAAUUAAAACCAAAACAGCAAAUCUUGAGCAAGAAGAUACAGUUGAACCAGUUAAUUUACCAAACAUACCUCUACCUAUAUCUUCUUUACCUAAUUUCGACUUUAUGUCAUCUACUAAUACAAAUAUAAGGGACAAAGCUAAUACAGGCAAAGAAGAUACCUUCACAUUUGCAAGUCCUAUAAAAGUAACAAAUACCACAAAGAACUUAAAAUCUAUCAAUAAUUUCACAUUUAGUAGCCCGAUUAGUGCUGAUAAGCAAUCAGUCGAUAAAUCUAAUAAUUCAGAUUCUCCUUUAAAAAGAGUUGGUGUCAAAUCCACUUCAUCAAAUGACUAUGUACCUCCUGUAACACAAAAUUUUAUUUGGUCUGGUUCAUCUACAGCUCCUAGACUAAAAGAAAAAAAGAACAAUGAUAAAUCUAUUCCUACUACUUCGAAUGAAUUAAAAUCAGGAAGUGUCAUGGAUAUUCUUUGCUCUAAAUCUAGUACAACAAAAGCUGAAAAAUCAGAUGAAUCAAAGACGCAGUUAGAGUCAAACAAAGAAUUAACCAAUAAUAAAACAAAUACAAUUGACUCAGAUACAAUUAACGACGAUAAUAUUAAAAAAAUUGAAAAUUUGCAAUCCAAUAUACAAGAUACUUCAAUUAUGUGGGAAUGUUCUGAAUGUUUGUUUAAGAAUAACAAUUCUGAAACUCAAUGCUUUGCUUGUAAGAUUACCAGAUCCAGUUUUAAAGAUAAGAAGACUUCUGAAUUGUCAAUAUCAAACAAUGUUAGUGAAUCAAAAAUUACAGCAAAUGAUAAUUUUGGCUCACAGUUUAAACUUUCAAGUAAUCAGUGGGAAUGUACAUCAUGUUUUGUAAGAAAUAAACAAACUGAUGCUAAGUGUGCUGCGUGUAGUGCACUAAAACCAGAUACAAAGCAAGAAGCGAAGUCUGGAAACUGUCCUAAAUGUAAGUUAAAUGAUCCUGAAAACCCAACUAUAUGUACUUUUUGCAAUACAUCUAAAUCAAAUAUAUUAAAAAUGAGUGUACAAGACAGUAUGAAACCUACAGAUAACACAAAUAUUUCUGUAUGUCAGAAUAAUGCAUCAAUUGAUGAAAAUGAAGAUAUGGAUAAAUUAAAUUCAAACAAGGAUACAUGGGAAUGUCCUUGCUGUAUGGUUAGAAAUCUUAUCUCUAUUGAUUCUUGUCCAUGUUGUAAUACAGCUAAACCUAGUACUGGGAUUGCUACUAAAAAUGCCCCUCCUUUAUUUUCAAACGGUUUUGGAGAUAAGUUUAAAAAACCUGAAGGUGCAUGGAUUUGCAACACUUGUAUGCUACAAAAUGAAACAGAAGUUACUACAUGUGUAGCUUGUGGUGAUUCAAAACCAGGCUCAAAGAAACCAGAUAACUCUACUUCUACUAAUACUAAUUCUAAUUUACAAUUUAAUUUUGAUAUGCCUGCAAAUACUAGUGGUUUUAAAUUUGGUAUUGACAAAGCUGAUCAAGAAAAGACUGAUACUACAAUAUCUACAAAUGGUUUUAAAUUCGGGGAAAAACAACAAAGUAAUCAAUCUGGCCAAUUUACAUUUGGUAUUCAAAAGGAAGAUAUGAAAACAAGUGAAGUACAGAAAUCUGAUAAUAAUGUCUCUUUGACCUCAGGAAGUGGUUUUGGAAUUCCAAAUAAAGCAAAUAAUGUUGAAAAGACUGAUGUAAAACAAGAUUCAGAAAACGUGGGAAAAAAUUCAACACCUCUAUUUUCAUUUGGUAUAGCUAAAAGUGAAAAUGGAACAAUAGAAAGUGAUAAGAAGAUUGUAAAUGUAACAACUUCCGCAUCAAUUGCACCUACCUUUACAUUUAAUACGCCUAAGCCUGGAAUUGAACAAUCAGACAUAAAAGAAGAAAAACAAACUCCUUUGCUGGGAAGUACUAUGACAGAAACUUCAAAGCCAAACAUAGAAGCUACCGAAUCUACUACUACUAAUACAAAUACAUUACCUUCAGUAACUCAAAGCAGUAUACAAGAAUCUAAAUCAACUGCUGCAUUUUCUUUUGUUGUACCAAGUAGCACAAGUACAAUUACUAGUAGUACUUCUACAACUGUGGUAUCAAGUCUUCCACCUUCUACUCAAUCUUCCUUUACAUUUCUUGAAUCAAAAUCAACUACACAAACACCAGCUGUACCAACAUUUGGACAGGCAUCAACAUCAGCGCCUACUUCUAAUUUAUCUAAUACCUUUACAUUUGGAAACAGUAAAACAAAGGAAGAACCCUCAAUAACUAAAACUUUUAGUACAUUGCCAAAUGCCUCUCCUGGAAGUUCAUUAUUCUCAAGUAUUUCUAGCGGUCCAUCACUGUUUGGCAAUAAUGAUACAAAAACUGUCCCAGCAUUUGGACAAACUUCAACUGAAGAUAAUAAACAACCUGCAUUCGGUGCUGCAAAUACAAGUAAAUCCUCGACUUUUGUAGUACCAGGGAAUAAAGUACCAAUAUUUGGUAAUACGGAAAAUAAACCUAAAAUUUUUGGUUCAACUGACCCAAAAAUAGGUGUAUUUGGAAACACAGAUAAUAAACCAACAUCUUUAUUCAAUCCAUCACUCCAAGCACCAACUGCGACACCAACCUCUUUUGGCGCACCGUCAGCUACAUCAACACUUUUUGGAUCAUCUGCUACAUCCGUUUUUGGUAAUAAUACUGCUUCAACGUUUACUACUGAGUCAACACCUAACAUAUUUGGAUCUACCUCAAAGUUAAAUGAAACUAGUACACCAAAUUCAAACAUAUUCACGUUUGGCACUACUCCUGCUCAACCAAUAGCGAAACCAGCAACUGGAUUUAAUUUUUCUACAAAUACUAAUCCUGCUGAAUCAACUCAGAAACCAUUAUUUACGUUUGGUAGCCAUUCAUCUACCCAGAAAAAUGCUAAUUUAUUUGGGAAUACAUUCAAUAAUCCUACAUCAACUAAUUCUUCCGGCUUCCUAUUUAAUGCACCUAAACCGGAAGCAUCAGCAUUUGCUCAAUCUACAGCAACAAAUCCAAUUUUUGGUGCAUCACAACCUCGUACACAGAAUCAAGCGUCGUCGUCAUUCUCGUCUACUCCUUCAAAUACAGGAUUUAAUUUCGGAUCUACAGCACCUGCUGUUACGUCAGGUGGUUUUAAUUUUGGUACUGCAUCUACUUCUACACCAUCUGCAGGAUUUAAUUUUAAUGCUCCCGGUACUACACCAACAUUUGAUCCUAAUACUCCACCAACAUUUAACUUCACUGGUGGUAAUGCACCUAUAGCAUUUAAAGCAAUACCUACUCAAACUCCACAGCGGAAGUUCAAGAAAGCCAUUAGAAGAAUGCGGUAGAGGGCAAGUAACACACGACCAUAGUUACACAUACACUCGGACGCAUUUUUUUAUAUAUAUAUCUCAUGCAACCGCGUGUAUGAAUAUGUUUUUGAAUAUAUGCUUAAGUUACGGUAUGAUACGAUGAAAAUAUACCAACCAUCAAUGGUCACAUCAAUGUGGUGGUAUACCAAGCAUUUUAUGUAAUAUAUUAAUUUGUCAAUAGGAUAUGCUUGCGUACAGCCACUUGUGUUCUACAGGAUCUGUAAAUUAUAAAUUAUUUAAAUUAUACAAUAAUAACGAAAGAUACUUUGAUGUUGGCAUGAAGCCAUUUUUGAAACUAUGACAGAUCAUACAUAAUCUGCCAUCGCAUUACUAAUACCUUGCCCAAACAAGACACUAUGUGUGCGUAUUGACGUGACAAAUUAAUUUGCUGAAAGAAUACCUCGAUAAAGAAACCUAGCAAAGCACUAAAUACGUGCAAUUUAUUGAGGAUAACAAGUGGGAGUGUAUCCCUCAGGUAAGUAUAAAUCAUUCACAACUCGUAACAAUACUUUUGUAACUGAGAAGCGAGAGGGACUAAAUAGUGCCGAAAUACAUUAAUUAAAAAUUAUUUUUUGUAAUGAGAGAAACAUUGUAAUAACUUGUAAUGCCUUUAUUCUUAUAUUUGUAUGUAAAAACAAUCAUCCGUACCUGACUACUUAUUUUUAAUGUAUUCAGUAUACACAAUUUUACAUAGUCAGGUACACAGUCUUGAAGGAGCUUAACGAAUGAGAAAUAUAUGGUUAACAACAGAAUUCUUUUAUUCAUUUUCUCUAUAGAUUUUGACACGUUACGAGUUUUGUGAAUUGAUUGAAUAUCAAUGAAGUCCCACUGCGUAUAGACAUUAAUUAUAUUUUCAUUAGAAUUGUGCGGACAGUUCUACAGUCUUUGUAGUACUAGUCCAAGAAAAAUGUAUGAUAAAAGAAAAUGGCAUUCGGAUAGUACAAACUCACGAUUACUGAACGAUUGCAUUGAGUAGUCGAAAUUGUAUAUUUUUUUUAUAUAUUGAAUGAACUAAUUCUAUAAGAAUAUACUGAAUGCCAUUUUAAUAGAAUUAAAUUAUAGUAAUGUUGCGUGUUUUACCAUAGAAUGAAUGGAAAAUGAAUCAAGGAGUAUGUUGAAUGGAAAUAAAUUAUUAUGGGGCUUCUAAAGAGUUACUUUUUCUUUUGUUACUAAACUAAAUGUAUUUUUAUAGUAAGUUUCUGAAAUUGUUAUUAACUUUGUAUAUUAUUGUUGUUUCUACUAUGUAUAUCAUGAAAACGUAUCACUCUGUAUUACAGUAAAACUAAAUAUAUUACAAUAAAAUUCAUAGAGAUAGUAUUACAAAAUUACACAUAAUUUUCAAAAAUUGUAGAUACUUAUUUUUAAGUCAAUAAUUUCCUUUUUUUAAGAUUCACUUAUUUCUUUGACAACAUUUUUACAUUUUAAUUGCAGUGUUUGUGAAAUAACAGAUUUUUAUAAUGAGUGCAGUUUAGACUAGAGUGAUAUUAAAGUAAAUGUAAGUAUAGGAAAGUUGUUUCCAAAAUAUUAAAAACCAUAAAAGUAACUAUUACAUUUGGAAGUCCCUAAAUACAGAAAGUAGUUAGUUGACGUGUUAAUGAUUAAUGAAUUAAUAUGAAAUCAUGCACGUCCUAUUUAAGAUUAGGAUAGUUAUAUCUAUAAUGUUGGCUUAAAAUUGACAGUAGCCAAGAAUAACUCGGCACAAGACCCACCUUCUGCCAUAGUAGAUAUAUAGGUACAAAACAACUCUGUUACAUAUUGUUACUUUAUAUGUUGUGUAAUAUUUACAUUAUAGGUUUUAAGACGUUUUUAAUUUCUGCAUAUAUUUUCAAAAAGUAAGGAUAAUAGAUAACAAAGAAGCCUUGAUUUCAUGUUGAUAAUUUACAAAUUGCAUACUCUGCAAAUACCCUUCGUAGUUGUUACCUAUUAUAUUAGAAUAGUAUUGCUAAGUAUGUAAAAAAGUGUAUCAACAUAAUUAAUCAAUUUUUUCUUUGUAUAAUUGUAUAAUUAAAAUUACAAUUAAUCUACCGUUUAAUCGUAGAAUGAAAUCUAUAACAAUUCAGUAAUUGAAAUAAACUAGUUAAUACUUACAGUACCUCUUAAUGUUAUCCUUUGUAUAAAAAAAAUCUGAUCUACGAAGGGUUCUUCCGCGCAUAGUUAUAUUGUUUAACUUAAGGAAUUAUAGCUUUGUAUAAUUACCAGCUGAAAUACUAACCAAUGGUAAAGUGAGGCUGCGCUGAGAUAUGUCUAUGCUGCUGUCUUACACUGUGAACAUUCUCUGUCGAGGCUGUGUCGUCCAUUUGUCUAUCCUUAGACAAAUUUCCAAAUUAAUGAAUAUAUCAAAUGCUGCCUGAAAGGGGCAAUACCUUUGUAAUAAAUCUCGUAUAUGGCCUUAAAAAACAUAACGAGCGCGUGACGUAUAUGUAUUAACGAUUGUACAGCAAAUCAUAUUGGAAUUGUUUUGUAGCAGUUUGUACUCUCCAUUGCAAUGUGUUUGCAUAAAUACUUGAAGAGCACUACAUUAAAAUCGUUCAACAAUAGAUAUGUAACAUCUCGUGACUCAUAGAAUUUGUCUUUGUAUUUAUUGUAAAUACUAUAAGUUUAAAAUUACCUCUAUAAAAUUGUAUAUUAAUUCUUGAAUUAAUUACAUCUUAAUUGUAACAAUUAAAUUGCAUUAUUUGGAAAGUAAAAAAAUAUGUAAUAAUUAUAUGAUAAAGAUAAAAAAAAUAACUAUCGAUAAAUUGAUAAUACAUUUUUUAACAAAAUGUACAAAAAUCCUGUGAGUUAUGAGAUGUAAAUGUGAAUGAGUCAAAUGUUCUGAGGCCUUAUUAUAAUCUUAGUCCAUGAAAAUUGUGUAUUGUACUGAAUUUACAUGAAUAUCUGUAAUGAUUAUAUUGAGAAUGUAUUAAUUAAUGAUCUAAUGUUCACAAAUGGGAGAGUUUGUUAUGAAAUAAGUCCAAUGACUGCCUGUAAUUAAAUAAAAUGUACAUGGGAGAAUGUUCACUGUAUGCUUCAGGUGCUAUGGAGAUGUUAUAACAUUCUCAUGACAUGGUAUAAUGUUAGAUAAUAUUGUGAAGGAGUAUCGGUGUUUCUCAACUGAUAAACCAUUUAUAAUUCAAUAACUUUUACUCGCACAAACAAGGCAUGGAAAUACAGAUAAAAACAGAAAUACUUAUUAAAUCGCAAAUAUUUUAUUUGAAGAGAAACAUGAAGGGGCAAAGAUGUAUUUGAUUCAUUGAAAAGUACGUAAUAAGCACAAGAUUAUAAUUAAAAUAGUAAUGUACAUUACAUAGGAUGGAACUAGCAUCUAUUUACGAAACGAAUGUAUAAAUGUAAUUAUGGCGAAAGAAAAACUCGAUAGCCUCAUAUUGUAUAAUUUAGUGAAUAAAUGUGACGUUGCUUUAACGCGUAACAUUUGCGAUGACGAGGGCUAUUGAGCUCGUGUUGAGAAGCACCGUGAAUAGGAUACAUUCACGUUAACAUUACUACCAUUAUUAUUCUUAAUACUAUCCUCCGCUGUAUUCAUAAUAACUAUACUAUACAGUACUAGGAUAUAUGAAAAAUAUCAAUUGAAAACAAUGUUUAAUUUUGGUUUACAUUUUUAUUUUGUAGCUAGUAAAAUAAAGAUUUUAGGAGGGCAUUUAGAUAAUGAUGCGAACCAAGGAGUUUUUAACUAUGUACAAUUAACGUAUAAUGUAAUUACACUAUAAACUUUAAUUUUCUUUUUAGCAAAUAAAAUAUGCGAGGACAAAAAAAUGCGCGUAGUACUUCGUAAAAACCCUUUGGUUCACAUAAAGAAAGUAAUCGAAAAACGAAUGUUAGAAUUCAAUCGCAAUCUUGAAUUCUUAGAUCAAAUGUAUUUGUUUCAUGAUUACAUUUCACGUUGCUUUUUAUUUCUAUAAGUAUCAAGCUCACUCCUUAACAGUUCCUCAAAGAAAAUAUACAAACUAAGAAAUCCAUACUAUAACUUACUCUAAUAUUCGUGGUUUUAACAUCCUGAUAUAUAUAUAUAUAUAUAUAUAUAUAUAUAUAUAUAUAUAGUCUGUUCUAUGCGUUUUUUUAGUAAAAAAUAUUUUAUUUUAGUUACGUGGUAUAUCUCAACUCACAAUACAGAAAAAAUAAGCAAAAGUAUCUUCUUUGAACAAAAUUAGAGUGGGCAAAGUAUAUAAAUAUUUCUUUCAUAAUUCAAAAAUUUUACAAAAUCAAGUGAUUAUAAAUUAGAUUAAUUCUACACAAUUCUAUACAAAGUAGCCCAGUUAUUACUAAUUAAAGGUUCCAAUUCAUUAUCGUGUCACAUUGUCUACUAUAAAAUCUACGUAUUCAGUUUUCGCUUACAAGAGUUAUACAAUUAUACAACAUUAAGUCAUUUUCUUAUGUGGUACAGCUGUAUGAGGAGUUUAUGCAAAAAAUAAAAAUUAUCUAAGAUUGAGA